AUGGCCCUGGUCCUAGGCACAUGCAGCCCCGAGAACGUCAAACGUAUAGCGUCUGCGUUCCCGAGCGUGGAGCUGUUGGACGGUCUCAUACAAUUCUUUCUGACAUCACCUGCCCUCGACGUGCAGUCCUGGUUCCAUCUCCCAACCCUGUCCUUGGCCAAAUUGAGCCCAGAGCUGCUUGCUUGCAUUAUCUCAGCAGGAGCUGCCUCGACACCAGACGUGCCACUCCGAAAGCUGGGAUUCGCUCUGCAUGAAGCUGCUCGCAUGGGUCAGGCAAAGUCUUUUGAAGAAGACAACUCUGCAAUCAGAGACCUUCAGCAUGUAAGGACGUUUCUCCUGCAAUUAAUCGUUGGUAUGUGGAGCGGUGUAAGUCGCAAAAUGGAGAUCGCUGAGAGCUUUCUCCAACCACUUGUAACCAUGAUUCGGCGGGGAGGCAGGCUGCGACGGUCGACAUGGAAGGAAAUAGCUCUUUCUGCGGAAGAAGAGGGGGCGGCUCUGGAAGCGAAGUGGCAAGAGUGGGUGCAUCAAGAGUCAUACCUUCGCCUCAUCUAUCGCGUCUUUGAGCUUGACAGACAGUCAUCGAUGGCGCUGCUCAAACCGCCGUUGAUGGCAUAUUCGGAGAUGCAUCUUCCCUUGCCCAGCUCGAACCAUCUCUGGUUGGCGAAGUCGGCAAGUGUCUGGAAGGCCGCUUACCUGGAGAGCACUUGGAACCCUGGUAAGCGUCCAUCGGCUAUCGACUGCCUCCUCGAUCUCGACCACCUGGCCCAACAUGAUAAUGCUAGCACCACCUACCUGCACAUGGUGUGGGGCUUGGUCUGGGAGUUCCGGCAGAUGAGCUCCCUUGGGGCGCGAUCACCCGCUAAGGGACACAACAGUCUAAUCCUGUCGUCCCGCUACCAGGAACUUACGAAGCAGAUCGACGACUUCCACGUUAGCAGCCCACCAAUGACCAAAACUGUGGAGAUCACCAUGCAACUUAUGCUAAUACAUCUCAACGCUCCUUUGGACGAUAUCCAGCUCUUUGCUGGAAUAGAGGGUCAGGAAGAGGCGCGAUCCGUCUAUCCUUCCUUGCGCGACUGGACCAAGACUGUUCAAGCCCGUCAGGCUCUUUGGCAUGCUGGCCAGAUACUUCGUGCUGCUGAGGCCCUUCCGAAGGGACUGUUGUGCAACUACAAUGCGAUCGCCAUCUAUCACGCAGGGCUCAUACUGUGGCUCUACGGAUUCUUGAAGCGAUCUGCUGCAGAAAAGUCUCCACCUGGUGAAGGCGUCCACGCAAUAGUGGUGCUCAAUAGCGACGACAAUCUCAGCGCACGAAGCUGGGAACAUCUCGAAUGGACCGCAUCACAGCAAAACCACGAUGAGAUCCGUCUUGUUCCGCAGCCGUCUGCAGACCCUGCGGAUCCCCUGAACCUGCCCAUGUGGCGGAAGAUGGCCAUGCUAUUCUGCAUGUCUCUACACCCUUUUGUAGUCAACGUGACGAGUUCCUCGCUCUCCAGCGCGCUGCCAAUCUACGCCGCUUCGCCAAUCUUCGGCCUGCCACCCAAACCGUUCUCGCACCUCACCUAUCUCGUCGCCGUCAACAUCUUAAUGAUGGGUUUCUCCAAUCUAUGGUGGGUGCCUUUGGCGAACACGUUCGGACGCCGACCUGUUGUCCUUGGCAGUCUUUUGCUCCUUGUACUUUCGAGCAUGUGGGCAGGCUUGACCACAAACUUCAACAGCCUCCUGGUAGCGCGUUUGGUCAUGGGUAUUGGAGGAGGACCUGCAGACGCCGUCUCUCCUGAUGUGGUCGGAGAGAUUUUCUUUGUGCAUCAGCGCGGACGUGCGAUGGCCAUUUACACCGUUUUCUUGUCGCUUGGCUCACUCGUGGGCGGUAUUGCUGGCGGCUACAUCGUUGCAUCCAUGGGCCUCGUCUGGAUCCACUGGAUGAAUGUGCUUCUGUCCUCCAUUACCUUCGUUCUCUGCCUCGUCUUCCAAGCCGAGACGCUUUUCGACCGACCGCAGUACCUCCACGACCUCGAAGCCGAUGACGGAAAGGACCACAUUGAGAAGAAGGAACACUUUUCGGCCGCCCAGCCGCCCCCUUCCUCAUACCCUUCCUACUCGUACAUCAAGUCUCUCAGACUCAUCACUUACCGUCCCGGUAUCGGCCACAAAUUCAUCGCUCCAUACAAGGCAAUGCGCCUCCCCGGCGUCUGGCUCAUCUCAGCCUGGUACGCCGGCCUCGUCGGUCUGGUCGUGACGAUCAGCACGAUUGGUCCCCAGCUCGUGGCCGCACCUCCGUACCUGUGGGGCAAGGACGUCGGCCUCAUCAACAUCGGUGGCAUCAUCGGCGCGCUGCUGGGCUGCAUCUACACGUACUUCAUCGCCGACUGGACGACGAAGCGCAACGCAGCGAAGGACGCCCACGGCUACGCCGAGCCCGAAGCCCGUCUUGUCACCGCUCUGCCCGCGCUCUUCAUUGCUACAGCCGGUUCCCUGGUCUUCGGCUUUGUCGCGCAGAACCCCAGCCCGACUGGCUGGGUCGGUCUGCAGUUCGGACUCGGCAUGGUGUCCUUCGGGCUCAUGCAGGCCCCAUCCGUGGGCUUCAACUACCUGAUCGAGUCGUACACCAGCAUUGCGGGAGACUGUUUUGUAGCCGUCACGAGCUCCAGGGCUAUUGUGUCGUUCGCCUGGACCUUCUUCGUGGGCGAUUGGGUGCAGCACAGAGGUGCAGCGGAGCCAUUUGGCAUUUUCGGCAUGCUGAUGGGAUUCUUUGCGCUGAUGACGAUCCCAAUUUUGAUCUGGGGAAAGAGACUGAGGAUCUGGACGGCCAAGUGGGUCCCUGAGGGUACGGCACAGUAA